GCGCACACUUCCACAUCAUAGUGAGAGAAAAGGAGGAAAGAUUCCUCUCAGCGCAGUGAGGAAGUCGGCUGGGAAGAGGAGAGCGGAGGGCAUUGGAUAACAGCAAGGAUGGCAGCUCCAGACUUAUUGGACCCUAAAUCGGCCACUCAUAACUCCAAGCCCCGUCUCUCCUUCUCCACAAAGCCAAUUACACUGAAGCCCCAAGAGGCAAGUGAGGUGGUCUCCACGGUGAUGAAAUGGAAGACAGUGACAGCCAUCUUUCUUUUGGUCGUUCUGUACCUGGUGGCAGGAGCAGCCGUCUUCAUGUCUCUGGAACAGCCUUACGAGAGUACUCAGCGUAUGACUAUUCUGUCCCAGAAGCUGGAGUUCUUGUCCAGACAUUCCUGUGUCAACCAAAGUCAGCUGGAGGAGUUGGUUAAGCAAGUCGUCUCUGCUAUCCGUUCAGGAGUGAACCCUGCAGGAACAUUGACCAACCACAGCAGCCUGUGGGACUUGAGCUCCGCCUUUUUCUUUGCUGGCACUGUCAUUACAACCAUUGGUUUUGGGAACAGCUCUCCUCACACAGAAGGUGGAAGAAUCUUCUGCAUCAUUUAUGCACUGCUUGGAAUACCUCUCUUUGGUUUUCUUUUGGCCGGUGUUGGGGAUCAGCUUGGGACCAUUUUCGGUAAAGGCAUUGCCAGAGUGGAGAAGAUGUUUGUGCAGUGGGACAUCAGUCAGACUAAGAUUCGUGUCAUCUCCACGCUGCUCUUUGUGUUGUUUGGUUGUCUACUGUUUGUGGCGCUCCCAGCUGCCAUCUUCAAACAUAUUGAGGGAUGGUCUGCCCUGGAGUCUCUCUACUUUGUGGUCAUCACACUGACGACCAUUGGAUUUGGCGACUUUGUAGCAGGUGGUUCAGAAAUAGACUAUUUGGACUACUAUAAACCAGUUGUAUGGUUCUGGAUUCUGGUUGGCCUGGCCUACUUUGCUGCCAUCCUCAGCAUGAUAGGAGACUGGCUGAGAGUAAUUUCCAAGAGGACAAAAGAGGAGGUGGGCGAGAUCCGUGCACAUGCUGCAGAAUGGACGGCCAAUGUGUCUGCAGAGUUCAAAGAAACACGCCGACGUGUUAGCGUGGAGAUCUAUGAUAAAUUCCAGCGUGCUGCGUCUAUCAAACGCAAACUGUCCUCUGAGCUGGGGUUCAGUCCUCCCCCUGAACUCACUCUGCCCAAGAGGACUGUGUCUGUCAAUUUCAACAACGAGCAGGACAGGGAGAAGAAUGAGAAGGACGCCGAGCUGCAGGCCUUGACCACACCUCUGACUAGGAACGGUGGUUUAUUCCUGAACAGUCCAGACCCAGAGACAAGAGACAUGUCAACCAUAGAGCCCAUCAAGUAGAGAAACAGCAGCCAAAUCUGUUUCGAGAGUUUUUUUAAAGUGUUUCCUUUUGCCAAGAGAAAUCCAAUGAUGCCACAAUGGAAACGACUGAGGUUUGUGAUAGUUUUUCUGAACAAAUCAAGUUUUGUUUUUUAGAUAUACAGUAUACGUCUCCACACAGAGAGGUCAGAGAUUUGCUCAGGAACAUGCCGGUGGAUGUUUGACAAUCAGAGACACGCGUCUCGCUGUCUCAUGCUAAUGCCGAAAUGUAAACUGAAGCUCAAGAACCUAGUUUUGUUUGGGUGAGCACUGU